GCUGUGCGCUUGAGCGAGAGGGAAAGAUACGUCGCCUGCUUCCUGACAUUUCAGAAGACGUCAUUUUAGCUUCACCCCUCUAAUGAGAGACAGGUGAGCAGUGAGCUCCGUCCACGAACUGUCCCCCACUUUUGUUCAAGUGAAAUCGGAUCGCUUCCUCCUCGACAACUUUGCAAGCACUGCGGCAGCUAUGGACGACAUCACCGACGAUCAGAUCUUCGACAUCUCCCAGGUGACGUUGGCCACGGAGAACAUUAGGGUCGAGCCACCCGCGGCCGCGGGCCGUCGUUGCCGUAAGAACUGCGGAUGUCGGUCCUCUGCUAAGCCUUGUGGUCGCGUCCGCAAGGCAACCACCCGUACAGGCGCCAAGCGAGGACGUACUCGCCAAGCGCGUCCCGCCGCAGAAGCCUUUGUCGCGACUGCUGCUACUUCUGCUGCUCCGCAGAGAACGGGGUACUGCGGCUGCGUCAAAUCCGAAACGGCCAAAGAAGUGCCGCUGGAGAGCGUCACCGCGGAGAGCGAGUCGACCAUCGACCAGCAGGCCGCCAUGUAUGUCUCGAAGAUCCUGCCGGACGAAGCGACCAUUGUUUACCCGGAGCGAGGCUGCGUGCUGGCAGCGUUGUGCAGCGACCACUCGUAUGCAAGCUGGGAGGACCCGCCCACCCCACCACCGCAACUACGGCGCGGAGGGCGCGCUCGCCCACCCGACGAGCUAGUCGUGUGCAAGCCCCAAUCCGGCCGUUGGUCCUCGCUGCUGCCCGUGGGCACGGUGGUGCGCAGACCCUCGGUCAAGCUGGUCCAGCUCGUCGCGCAGGCCAUACACGAGAGCCCGCACCGGGUACUGCGAGUCACGCAAGUCUACGCCGCACUGCAGAACAGAUACCCUUACUACAGGCUCCUGGACACGAAGAGCAUCCGCAGCUGGAAGAGCUCGGUGCGUAACACGCUCCUCCGAAAGUGGUUCAUGAAGCUCCGCCCCACGUCCGGAAUGUGCGAGACGGUUCGGCCAGGGAAUUUCUUCUGGGGCCUCAACUACAGCAAAAGGCCACUCGAAUGGCAGAUGCCCCAACGACUGCCGCGUCUGUUUCUGCCGACCGACAACGAAGGUGAGCAGCGGGACGGCGAGGCGUCCACGCUGUGCUCGGGCCUACACCGAAACACCGAGUCACCGAGCAAGACGAACGCAGCGCUGAUGCCGUCGGCAUUCCGCCUCGAACUGGAGCACACGCUUUUCGCGCCACCGGAACCCCAGUCACCGGGCGGCAAGCGCAAUCUGUCCACCGUCCAAUGCAGCGAGCUCGCGCCGGUGACGUCGGCUGCGCAGUCGGAGGACGACCUGGCCUCCGUGGGCAGCCCUCCGUCUGAGAGCAUGAAUCCAGUCGGCUGGCCGGCGCCGGGGAGAACGGAGAAGCAGGCCAUGCACCAGCCAAGUGACAGCGCCUGUGCUGCGCCACCUAGCGUGAGGGACGGCAUGUACUUCCAACCGCCGUCGGCACCACCUUGCUCAACCACAACGACCACUUCCCUGACUGCGAUGAUGGCGUCGCAGCCGACAGCGCCGGUGGAGGCGGUCGUGGAUAGCAUCCAGAAGCCGGCGCAGUCCCUGUCGGGCGAGUCGUUCGUCCAACUACAGCAAGAAGAGCAGCAGCAGCAGCAGCAGCAGGAGGUGCAACACUCAUUGCAAGAACGGCCACAGCAGCAGCAGCUGCUGCACAUGCUGCAAGCACCACUGCAACAGUUCCAGGAACAGCAGCAGGAGCCGCAACAGCAACAGCAGCAGCAGUGCUACGAGACGCUGUGUGACAGCCCUAACGAGCUCUCCGAUAACGUCAGAGCGGAACUAGAGGACAUGUACUGGGCGUACGUCAAUGACGUCCACGGAUCGGUGGGGUUCGGCCACGACGAAGCGCUGGCACCGUCGUACGUGACUAUGACAUCUCCGAGGCAGACACCGCUUGCCACCGCGGCUUCAACCCGAGUGCAGACCCCAUCCGAGCAGUCACCGUCGAUUCCCGGACCAUCACAGACGCCUGAGGAGGCCUUACUGCAACCGAUGCCGCAGGAGCAGGCACGCCACCUGGGGAACAUCCUCAGAGGCUACGGACUGCAGUCGGCCGACGGCGAGUGCUUCGCCUUUCUGAACGCCUCGUGGAGCCUGUGGAAUUACUUGACCCGGCUUGGCGUCGUAAGGAGGAGCGCCGAGUCACGCGCCAGUGGUGAACGAGGGCGCAUUGGGGCGCUCGUGGUGGCGUCACCGUCAACGCCACUGCCCACCCAUGUCGACAACUGCGGGCUGCGAUCGGAAGAGGCCGACCGACCCUUCACCGGCAGCGAAGAGUGA